AUGACUACAUCUUUCCCCAUGAAUGGUGGUGAUGGUCCUUGUAGCUUCUCCAAAAACUCCCAAUUGGCGAGAGAAGUGUUAGAUGGUGCAAAGGGAAUGGUGAGAGAUCCAAUUAUUCAAAACCUUGACAUCAAAAUCAUGUUAUCAUCUUCAAAUACAAUACGUAUUGCAGAUUUUGGAUGUUCAGUUGGACCAAACACUUUCAUUGCAAUGCAACAUGUUGUACAAUCUCUAAAAGACGAGUUAUUACAAGUCACAAAUUCCACAAAUAACAUUCCAGAAUUCCAAAUAUUCUUCAAUGAUCAUGUUAUAAAUGAUUUCAACACCCUCUUUCAAUCACUCCCUAUCGAUCGAUCCUACUAUGCAUUCGGAGUUCCAGGAACUUUCCAUGGUAGAUUAUUUCCAUCGCGAUCGAUACAUUUUGCACAUAGUUCUUGUGCUAUACAUUGGUUAUCUAAGACUCCUAAAGAGUUGUUAGAUGAAAAAUCUCCAGCAUGGAAUACGGGUUCGAUUCACUACAUAGGUACAUCAAAUGUUGAAGUAGUGAAUGCUUAUGUUGCUCAAUUUGAAAAAGACAUGGAAAUGUUGUUAAAUGCAAGAGCUGAGGAGAUUGUUGAAGGAGGAAUGAUGGUGCUUGUUACACCAUUUGCAAGUUACACACGUCUCAUGAAUUUUUUUGGUUCUAGUCUAAUGGAUUUGGUGAAUGAGGGAAAGUUAGACGAAUCUUUAGUUGACUCAUUCAAUUUGCCAAUGUAUUUUCCUUCUCCUGAAGAUAUGACUAAAGUGGUGGAGAAAAAUGGUUGUUUUAGUAUUGAGAUAAUGGAGUUGACAUAUCCCAAAUCAAAGCUUGUAGAUGAGGCUGAUGCAAAGACUUUAAUGAUAAAUCUAAGGGCUGUUUUAGAAGAACUUAUAAUAAAUCACUUUGGAAGUGAAAUAGCAAAAGAAGCUUGUGCAAGGACUAUUCUAAAAAGUGAAGAGAUUUCGACAUGGAUGUAA